GAACGAUGCGCUAAAGCCGAAGAAAGAAUUAAAACUCAUCCAUACGAUCUAGAAGCUUGGACAAUCUUAGUUCGAGAAGCCCAAUCUAAAAGCAUUGAAAUCGCUCGCGUAUUUUAUGAAAAAUUAUUGCAUCAAUUUCCUAAUGCUGGACGAUACUGGCGAAUCUACGUAGAGCACGAGAUGAAGAACAAAAAUUAUGAAAGAGUCGAAGCAUUAUUUCAAAGAUGCCUCCUUAAAGUUAUGAGUAUCGACUUAUGGAAGAGCUACAUUACAUAUGUUAGAGAAACGAAAAAACAUCUGCCUGCAUUUCGUGAUAAAAUGACCCAAGCUUACGAGUUUGCAUUAGGCAAAAUGGGAUUAGACAUUCAGUCCUUUCAGAUAUGGGCCGAUUAUUUAGAAUUUCUAAAAACAAUGGAAGUAUCAAACGCUUAUGCAGAAAAUCAGAAAAUAGUUGCUAUUCGAAAAGUCUAUCAAAGAGCCAUAGUGUUGCCCGUCAUUAACGUUGAACAACUAUGGAAGGAUUAUAAUACUUUCGAACAAACUACAAAUAAAAAUAUGGCUAAAAAGCUUAUCGAUGAAAGAAAUAAAGAAUUUAUAACUGCAAAACGCGUAUCAAAGGAAUUUGAAGCUAUUACUAGGGGUCUUGUGAAAGGGGCACCUGCUCUUCCGCCACAUCUUACCAACCUUUCUCAGCUUCAACUUUGGAAAAGAUACAUUGAAUGGGAAAAAAGCAAUCCCUUAUCUACGGAAGAUACGUUAACUUUGGUAAAGCGUGUCAUGUUCGCCUACGAGCAAUGUUUACUGGUUAUGGGCCAUCAUGCUGAUGUUUGGAAUGAAGCUGCAUUAUUUCUAGAAUCAAUGAGUAAAGUUUUAUCAGAGAAAGGGGAUAUGCAACUUGGUCGAGAAUUAAGCCAAGAAGCUGCAAAUGUAUACCAAAGAGCUGUUGAUGGUCUAUUAAAAAACAACAUGUUACUGUAUUUUGCGUUUGCAGAUUUUGAAGAAUCUCGCAUGCAGUACGAAAAGUGCCACUCGAUAUAUAAUAAAUUACUGCUCAGAGAUGACGUGGACCCUACUUUGGUCUAUAUACAAUACAUCAAAUUCGUUCGCCGUGCUGAAGGAAUUCAGUCUGCCCGAAAAGUGUUCAAGAAAUCGAGAAAUGACGCCAGAAGUCAAUACCAUGUUUAUGUAGCAGCUGCGUUAAUGGAAUAUCAUUGCUCAAAAGAAAAAACCAUAUCUAUUAAAAUAUUUGAUCUGGGCUUGAAGAAAUUUGGAUCGAAUCCAGAUUAUGUGCUAUGUUAUAUUGACUUCCUUUCUCAUUUAAAUGAUGAUAACAACACUAGAGUACUAUUUGAAAAGGUCCUAAAUCAAAUGCCGCAGGAAAAAACUAAACAAAUAUGGAGUGCCUUCUUAGACUUUGAAACUAACAAUGGAGAUUUAGCAAGCUUAUUAAAAGUAGAACAAAGACGUAAUCACAUUAAUCUUGAGGAAUACAAAGGACAUCAAACGGCAUUGCUUGUCGAUCGUUAUAAAUUUAGAGAUCUGUAUCCGUGUUCCACAUCAGAAUUAAGAGCAAUGGGCUACAAGAUUGCUUCUCUGAAUAAUGUCAUUGUACAACAAAAAGUAAACGUUGAAAAUACUUCAAGACAAGAUGACUUUCCAAGGCCAGACUUUAAUCAGUUAAUCCCAUUCCGACCGUCCUCUAAACCAGUCUUAGGCGUGCACGUAGUUCCUGGCGGAGAUUUCCCAGUCCCACCCGCCGUAGCGUACUUAAUGACUCAGAUUCCACCACCGACUUGUUUCGUGGUAUUUAUGUCUAUUAUGCUAUAUUUAAAUCAGGUCUAUUCUUAUAACGGGGGUGUAUUAAGAAUGGCUGUCUUUAACUUCUCUAAAUUAGAAUAUACUGCGAAAAUGAGUAUUACGGAAGGCAACGAGAUUAAUCAUAGUAGGGGAAGUAAAAGAUCAGCCGCUUAUCUAGAAAAUGAAGACAGUGACGAAGAAAUUACCGCACGACCUCCACGACAUGAUGUGUAUAGAAUGCGUCAGCAAAGACGACAAGGCUAA